UGUACACAGGCCCGCGCGGCGUGCGCGCCGUCAGCCCCGCCGCCUCUCUCGGAGCCCCGAGCUGCCCCCCUCGCGGCGACUGCGCGGUCCGCGGCCCAGCGAGCCGGAACUUCUGGAGCAACGUCUAAAUGGAAAUAUCAAGUGUCGUUAAUGGUCUAGGACACUUGAUAAAAAGAUAAAAACCCCUGGGCAUAAGGCUCCUUCAAAACUUGAGAAGAAGGCAGUGCCCCAGCCUCUGAGCGCCCAUCUACCCAGGACCAGAAACCCAACACCAAGUUAAUGACAUGAACACGGUAGCCGGGUUCAUGGUCUCAGUGGGGCCCUGGUCUCAGUGUCGCAGUCUGUCCGGGCUUUGGGGAGACAGAGGGUGCGUCUGGACCUGACAGACUGUUCCCCCAUCGCUGGAUGUGCGCUCACUUGGCAGCUCCAGGCCACCUGCCGACAACCAGCUCCCCGUGCCUCUGCGAGCAGCGGCCCCCUCCUCCCCGCUCUGUUUGCAGCAUCUAGCGGGGCUGGCCUUCAGUCACCCGGGGGCGAGCAGCCUGCUUUCCAGGCCUCUGCAGACGCGAGAGCGUGAACACGAAGACUCUGACCAUGCUCCAGGCCGCCCACGCGUAAGGGGGACCAGACACUAACACUACCGUCGCAACUGGCUCCCCACCAGGGCGCCACUGAGAGGGAAAAGAGGCCCUAUUGAAAAUUAUGCUGAGGGGACGGCCACACACUCCAUGACCCGCUGCAGGGUCCAGCUCCCCACACCGGAACCUCUAGUAUCUUCCUAAAUGAAGAAGUCCUCUCUAAGAUAACAGGCUUUGAAAAACCAUAGCUUCAUCUGGUGAGUGUGUACUGUGCCGAGUCACGGAGAGGAAGCUGGGGGGGCCCUGCCCUUGACCACUGCUGUCCAGCCUCCCUGGGGGGUAGGGAAACACCCUGAGACGAGCACAGCAUUAGUUCUGCACUGACUUGGGGUCCCUGGAACUCAGAAGCCCCUGGCAGGCAGGUGACGGGAGAAAGGCACGCAUAGCUGCCGGAUGUGGGUGUGUGGGGUUUUAGGUUAGAACGGAGAGCUGCUUAUACCUAUUAUAUAACGAAAAAGUGACAUGCUUGAAAAGAUCCCUGCCAGGAAGCACGCGUGCAUGAUUGCCGGUGGGAAGACGGACCGGCCGCUUUCCGGGGCGGGGAGGGGAAGGUGCUCCUUGGGCAAGCUGCAUCCAUCCUCCAGGCCCUAGCAUGUCAUCUGGACCCUGAAAAUACAACCUGCCGCCGGCAGGUUGCACCCCAGGGCUUGUCUGGGGUGAGGGCUGCUGUGCUCUGCGCAGGACACACCCAGGCUGCUCCCUCCUUCGGCAGAGCGCCCAGCUACCUCCCCCUGCUCGCCGCCGGCUCCUCAGCGCUCUAUGGCUAAAGCCUCUUGCACGACUGGGCCACACCAGGCUGCGUCUGUCCACGGGGUCUCACAGGCCCGGGACCCCAGAACACCAGCCAGGCAUCAAAGAGCAGAAGGGACUCAGUGUAGGGAGUAAAAGCAAACUUUCUAAUUUGAGAAGCUAGAACGUGAUGCUGCCAAGGGGCCGAGUUCGGCCCCCAAGACCUGCCAACAGAACACCCCUUGAGUAGCGGAGGGACAGGGUGGCACGGGCCGCCUGUCCCAUGCGACCCCGCGGGUCCCCUUCCUCCCACACACGUGGUGGGAGGGCGGAGCGCACCUAGGAGGGUCCCAGUUUUAAUGAGAACCGAGGAAGGCUAUUACACCAAGUGUAAUGGGCGUUCCUCCCUUGGGAAGAACCACGGGCAGCGAUAAGAUCUGUGGCUCCGAGCACCCCCCAGGUAAGAGGACACCAGGGAGAGGCAGGGCGGGGUGGGGGAGCCCAGCAGGGUGCCGGGCUGCGGAGCCUGAGCGGAGGCCCGGUCUGUUCUCCGUGUGGCCAUUGAAUUUUUGAGCGAGUCUUCCUGGUUCUGUUUUCCCCUGGUUGAGAUUACCUGGAAGGAGCACUAGCCUCAAACCAAGGUAGUCAGUGGACAAGAAAAAGGCAAGAAACCAGAGCUCCACAAACAAGAGAACACGUGUCCCAUAUUCUCCCAGGGUGAAGAGCCUGGGAGCCCGGGCGGGCGUCCCGGGCCGUUGGUCCCCGUUCCUGCAGCCCUUCCCGAGCGGCGGACGUGCCGUUCUCUCCCACGGAGAGCCAGAGGCAGCUCGGUUUAUGCCUGAGGCAGGCUGCCUGGUUCACACUCACCACUCUUCGGUUCAGAACCUUAAAAAGCAACAGGCUACAAAAAUCAGGACACCCCAUCUACAUAAUGGACCGUUUCUUAUCACAGCCAGGAAGGCGCAGCGUCUGUGACAGGAAUCAGAGGCGUAAGCUCUCUACAUUGAAGACCUAUGAAAACAUCAGCCUUUCCGGAGCGUCUGGCUCCUACCAGCUGCACGUUAAUUGUAGCUAGAGCCUCUAUCCACUGUUACAAAAGGAAAUAAACAUUCAGGAGUCGUUUUCAAAGCAUUUUGAGGGCUCCAGAGCAUUCAGCUGAAGUCCAGGUAUUACGGUGCGCGCGGGUCUCCAGGACUAAAGCCAGGCCGAGCCGCACUGCCCAGGCACUUUGGGGAAAAGCCUGUGACACCAUCUCAGGCCUCCUCUUCCCGGACACAGCCAGCCAGGCUGCAGGGCACGGAUCAAGGAAUGCUCCCCCUUCAGGGAGCUCUCGGCAGGUGGGAACAGACGAGUGCAGUGGGACAAGUUCAGCGACCUCGGACGGGAGUUAGCUGGUUCUGCGGGCUGUGUGCGUGCACACGCUCACACUCGUGCAUGCGCACACGCUCACUCAGGACCCCCUGCCCACCACAGCCGCCCGCUCCCCGCCCCCUGCCAGGUUGCUGCUCUGACGUGCUCCUGGCAUCCUCCAAUUUCCACAGAGAUCACCGUGCACUGUAGCCCUGAAUUUGAGCAAGGUUUUUAGUUACCUGUGGACAUUCACUUCUGAAGGGUUGGUUUAUACCGUUCUGGGUUCUUUUUUUAAAAAAAAAAAAUCGUGGAAGAAAGACGCUGACAUCGGGCCUCAAAACACAUCCAGCAGCUAGCCCAACUGACUGUGCAGUCCUUGCCAGCAGAGAAUGAAAGAAGGGACGGCGGAGCAUCUGUAAGCAGGGGUGCCACUGGGGUGGAGACCAGCCCCAUGGGGCUGGGACCCCAGCUCAGCGAGCGCAGCCCCAGAGACUCGCCGCCUGUGUUGUUACCGAGGCCCUAGUGGGGUCCCAGGGACUCUGAGCUGUGAUGUGGGGUCUGAUGGGGCCCGCAGCCUCUCCCCGUGAGAACUCGCACUCAGCCUGUGCCCGCGCUCAAGCCCUCUGUCCUCUCUCCGCCAGCUUCCUCUCCCCACGUGUCAGUUGGCAGAGAGUCUGAGUGAGAGUUCACGCAGCAGCUUCCUCUGCAGUAACGGACCGUGGAGGAGGAUGAGGAACUGCAGCCCACUGCGCACGCCGGGGGCUGGCCAGGCUCAUCCGCUGACCGCACGUACUCCACCCUCGCGACAACCUCCUGACCCAGGGACCAAAGCCAGGCAGCUGUGAGCAGGGUGCCCAGGGAGCCCGGUCCUCAGCCAUGUGGAGUCCCGGUCUCGGCCCCUCGGCCCAGUUCACAGGCCACUGCUUGGUUCCCUCGCAGCCCUCGGGCAAGAGCUCUCAGCAGGCAGUGUGGGUCCCUCCGAGGGGAGGACUGAGUCAGGCAGGGGGCGCACCCGAGCUGCCUUCUCUAAGUAUAAAAGCAGGGCCCUCGGUGCAGCAGGGCUUGGACGUGCGCCCCGUGGCCCCAGGUCCCCAGGUGGGCACCGCUUCACAGCUGCCCCGGCUGUUCCGCUCCAUUGACCAGGCCUGUGGCCAGUCCCCCGCCAGGGCCCCGCAGUCACCGAUCACUGGGGGGGGAGCUGCUGCCUCACUGCGCUGCCCCCACGCCCUGGACACCGCGGCCCCUCCUGGGCUUCAGGGCUUCCUGGGCCGCUGAGCAGAGGCGUGGCCUGUCAGCUCGCUUUCCCUGAGGCCCAGCCACGCCCACCUAGAGCGGGCCUCCACACUAAGCCGUGUCCCGCAAGACCCUCUCGGCCCACAUGUGACUCCAGUACCCACCCAGGCCACAGGGCCAUCCGACGGCCUCCUGGGUGCCAGAGAGAGCGGCAGACAUCCUGCAAGUGCCUGCUCGGGGCCCAGAGCAGAGCAGGGACCAUCUUCUCCAGAAUUGAAGACAGCAGGAGAGCUGCCCUGGGGUGCUCGGCCAGCGCCGCACACUCUGCGCUCAUGUCAGCGUGCACCUCGGAGCCCGGCGGCCGUGGGUUUUCCUCUCGUGGUGUCUCCGCUCCUCCCCGCCCGAGCCUGGAGCAGACAGCUCUUCAGUGCCAUGCCGACGACCCCGCCAAAGAGCCUCCCGCCCAGCACAGCCGGGGGAGCUCCCACCCGAGGGGCACACAGCGUGACCACGGGGUGGCUGAGCCUUCCCGGGGCUGGAAGUUGGAGAGUCUGGGAGAACGUCUUCUUGAAAGAUAAUUAUUGGAACCCAGAGAGGGUCUUGGAAGAAAACUAUCAGUACUUCUGUGCACGGGAACAUCUGUGAUGAAUGACACUCACUCCAGUUGAGGGUCAAGGAAGAGAGGGGGCUCUAGAGACAGCUGAGUCCUCAGAAACGGGUGCGGUGGGACAGAACCCCGAAACGGCUCCGUGCCCUGGGCCUCCCGUGGAGACAAAACCACUACUUCCACGUCCGGCAGCCCCGAGCAGGGCUCGCCCUGCCUGCCCCGUUGGAGGUGGCCGCCCUAUCACCAUGCCCUUCCGAUGGGCUAGCUUGAGGUCAGUGGCAGUGCCGCUGCCCAGGUACCACAGGUGGAUGCCAGCUUGUCUGACCGUGAACCUCUGACCUUGGGGCCUCAGCCUGGUUCACUCCAGAGGGCAAGGCCACUGGGGCCCGAGAGGGGACCCUCUGUGCUGUGGCAGUGGUGACCUCGGCUGUGUUCCCUUGAAGGCUUCCCUCAGCCCCCGGUGCCGCACACGCAGCAGGUGGGCAGGGAGGCCUGAGAGCGUCCCCAUCACACUCAGAAGGCAGCAGCCCCAGCAGGCCACGCGCAGGCCAGCUCGUUGAUCGGGCCCAACGCCGCCCGACUUCCUGGUCCUCUCAGAUUCUCUGAAAAAAGCAUGAUUUUUGAGCUCCAGCUUCUCCCGAGGCUACCCUCUUGUGCCAUGCAUGCAGCCAAGCCUGCAGAGAAAGACCCUGAGCAGGUGCUUCAGUGUCAGGGGCAACGUUCUGAGCCAGCUGAGCCCCCCGCCCCCAGAGAUGACCUCCACCCUGGAGUCUCAGGCCGGCGGUGCCCUCCCGCGGGCGAGGUACUCUCUGCUCUGCCAGGCUGGCCACCCUCCUCUCUCCUCUCCACUGCUGGCCCCAAGCCUGGAACCACCCUGGCCCGAAGCUAAAGACCUCUCCAUCCCCUCGAACAAGACUGGCCAGACGCCCGCCGCACAGCAGCCAUGCCGGGACCAGGCAGGGGCGCGGACGCGGUGAAAGCCGCCGUGCUGGCAGGGCCGAGGCUGCUGCUUCAGGAGCAUAAUCAGAAACAAGACAGCGGGGAUGCAAGUCACCUUUAGAUCAGUGAUCAAUCCCCUUAUAGGAGGAACAGGAUAAAGCUGUAACGGGACCACCGCGGACAGCCCGAGGCGCAUGCCAGGCCCAGCCUGCGGAGCUGCUUCCCGCUUCUCUGCCGGGCCAGGACACUGGUGCCGACCAGCCCGUUCCCCCGGCCCAGGGCCACACGCCGGCCGAGCAGAUGAUCAGGGCUCGGCGGUCCUCCCACUGGCAUCGCUGUGAUCCCCGAGGCAACACGCCUGCACGCGUCAGGCGCAGCCCUGCUCUGUGGACCGAGGCUGGUUGCAGCCCUGGCUCGGCACGCCUGCCGCAGAAGAGAGGCGACCGCGCACACACCUCCCGCCAUGUGGAGCUGCCCGCUCAACGGCACAGGCGGCGAGGACCAGCUCCCCUGCCAGCACGUCCAGCGGGCCCUGUCCGCCCUCUCGCUGCUCUACCUGCUUGUCGGCGUCCCCCUCGGCCUCGGCUACAAUGCCCUGCUGCUGCUGGUCAACCUGCACGACCCGGGCGGUAUGACCAUGCCCGACGUCUACUUCGCCAACAUGGCCGCGGCCGGCCUGGUCCUCGGCGCCCUGGCGCCUGCGCACCUGCUGGGCCCCGGCGCUGCCGGCUGGGCCGUGUGGGACGCGGGCAGCGAGGUCCACGUCACGCUGCUGGUGCUGUUCAACGUGGCGGCGCUGGUGACCCUGUACUCCACGGCGCUGCUGGCCCUCGACUGCUACAUCGAGCGGGCGCUGCCGCGCACCUACAUGUCGAGCGUCUACAACACCAGGCACGUGUGCGGCUUCGUGUGGGGCGGUGCCCUGCUCACCGGCUUCUCCUCCCUACUCUUCUACAUCUGCGGCCACGUGGCUGCCAGGCUGGCCGAGUGCUCCCAGGUGCGGCACACGGAGGCGGCCGACGCCAUCAUGCUGCUCAGCGGGUACCUGGUGCCCGUCCUGGCCGUGCUGUACGCGCUCGUGCUCCUCACGCGGAUCCGGAAGGAGGACACGCCACUCGACCGGGACGCGGGCCAGCCGGACCCCUCGGCGCACAGGCUGCUGGUGGCCACCGUGUGUGUGCAGUUCGGGCUCUGGACGCCCCACUACCUGACGCUCCUGGGGCGCACGGUCCUGGCUGCGCGGGGGAGGCCAGCGGACGGGCACCACCUGGGGGCGCUGCUCCUCGCCAAGGACCUGUCCAGGUUCCUGGCCUUCGCCAGCAGCGCUGUGGUGCCGCUUCUUUACCGCCACAUGGACAGAAACUUCCCCGGCAAACUCCGGCGGCUGAUGAAGAAGCUGCAACGUGGGCCCCAGAGCUGCUCCUUGGACGAAGCGGGGGCACAGCCGGCGAUGGCGUAGACGCUGCUCCACGGGCCUCGGCCAACCGAGGGGCAGACGGCACGUGGCAGAAGGCACAGCCCGCAGGGACCGGGUCCCCCGCGCCCGCUGCUUGCUCCCCCCCACCCCCCGCGUCCAGGAGACUUGCUGGCCCUGCAUCACCCGCUCCCUCCCUCCCUCUCCCCAGGAGACCAGGCAGAGCCAGGCGAGUCCCCCACAAGAAGCCACCCUCAGGCCGAGGCCGUGAUGUCCGAGCAGCAGGUGCCAGGCGUGAGGAUGAGCUGGGCCAUCGGGGUACCUGGCCGCCCGCAGGGUGUGUGCUUGUCUCCUACGGGCGCCUUUCUGGUCCACGCCUGCAGCAGCCUGCUUCCCUCAGCCUCACGUCUGGCUUUCAAAUGAGUGAUGAAAAUCUAACGCCACUAUUUAUACUUUGUAUUGUUAAAAUGCUCCAUCCCCCCUCCCUCUUGUUUUGUUGUGUAUGAAGAGACGUUUGGUAGGAAAGUCAGAAGGUAUUAAAAUGAAGGAGACACACGGAAGCGCACUCGGGGGAUGGGUGGGUGGUGGGCUCGCGGGGCCGGAGCUGCUGGCGACUUGCGUCCAUGUGGACGUGGUGGGCGAAGAGUCCGGACGGGGCCUCUCCUGACCCUAGGUGUGCCCCCGGGUCACGUCCGCUGUCGCUGGGCCUGCGUGGGUCUGUCCUAAACAAGUCCCCAAAGCGCACAAAAGUAAAUAAACUGAAGGAAGAAAAGUGCUGUUAGGAUUUCUAACCUAACCCGAAAGCCGAUGGGACUGCCGACGGGAAAGAGGGAUUUGGACAGGCGGGCGUCACUGGGGCCACAAGGGUGCUGCCUGCUCCCGGGACAGACAGACGAGACGGUACAGACCAGAUGACCUGACCAGAUGGGGCGGGGCGCAGAGGAGCCUCCCUUCCCCCACCCCAAGUCUUCACGAAGAACUUACUGCCCCACAACCCUCUGACCCUCAGUUCUGAAACCCCCCAACUCCCUAGAAACAAAGAUUCGUUUUUCAAGUUCGCAGCAAAGGUACGAGGGUACCUUUCUGAGGAAAGAUGAAUGUGAUGGUGGGCGCUGCCCCAGCCCCUGGGCUUCUGCCACAUAAAUACAUGCAUGUUCACUUCUGACCACCCAGCUGCCCCGAGGAGGAGGCUGGCUCUUUUCUGUGGCAUCUACCGGGGAAAUCGCCCCAUUUGGUCCCAGUCUCUUGGGAAAUUGAGCCCUGAGUGAGCUGCAGUGCUUUUCUACGUGCAGACUGUUUCCCCUCCCGGCUGAAGAGCCUGUGCAGAAAAGCACAGACACACACUGGAUGCCGGGGAUGGUCCCCACCCUGCCCGAUGUGGCCCUGGGGAUGGUUCUGGACAGUAAACCUCGGGGAUGGGGAGGGAGGGAGUGAAGAGGUGUCUGGGUGGCUCCGGUCGGUGACAAGAGCACAGCUGCCUCCAGGGCCCCGGGCUGUGGUGGGAUUUGUCUUCAAUUCCCCAUCCCCUCGGCUCCUCCAGCAGCUGCCCCAGCAGUGGGCUGUGCUGAGGGCGCCCCACAGGGUCCCGGCAGGUACGGCAGCCCCGUGGGAGCUGAGAAUAAAAGCCCCCCCC